GGUAUACUAAAGCACCGGAAAUUAUGGGACCGGGAGUGUCAACAGCAUAACGGCUCGUGCGACCGGUGUGUCCGCGAUAUCAACUGCUUCUACUGCUCAUCGGAUAAGACAUGUCACAAAUACACCAAUAAUGAACACUUGAAUGUCAUGUGCGGAUACUGGGAUGCCAUGUAUUGGAGCACAUGUUACUGGAAUAUCCGGGUACUGGCCGUGAUAUCAUCCCUCACUUUCGGAGCCCUCCUAUUGUUUACAACUAUGAUCGUAUACCUGAUGUUUGCCCGGAUUCAUGAGUGGAAAUGCCAGCGCCAGUUGUGGCAACAGCGCCGACACCAACAGUUGGCCGCAGAGGAGAUCCGGAGGGCCCACCGCUGGCAAAAUAAACACCAGUUUGCCGAGAAACCACAGACACAGGUGGUUGAGAACAAGGGUCAGGAAAAGGCCAGCAUGUGUCCCAUCACUAGCACUAAUGAGUGGAAGAGACAAAACGCUACGUCCGUACUGUUCCCCAAUAGCCCGGCCUCAUGGACCAGUACUUUGCAAAGUGGGGCUACGUUUGACACCCACUUGCUGUAUUUCGAUGGUGACCUGGGUAUAUCAUUGUUAUACAGCUGCGCCAAUACCAGGAAUGGACACAGCGGUAUCGGAAAUAUCUACACCCGAUCACCGGACACCCCACUGUCCAAAACAAUGCUCAAUCACUUAUAUGAUGUCUACUUCCAAAACGGCAUUUACGAUGUCCUACCACUACAUGAGGUGAGGCAUGACGACUGUGUGCCCGCUCGAGCCCGGGCUCAGGAUAAUAACAAUCGGCCUCACAAUGGACUAAAGCGAGUUAAUGAUCUUGGUCAUAAAAAUAUCUAUAACGAUUAA